AUGUAUGCUUUUGUGCAUCAUAUGACCGGAGUUUUUCCUAGCAUAUUUGUACUUACAGGUACAGCAGAUAGGGUCUCGAUACGACCAAUGGAACCUGAAAUGCUUGGCCUUCCACUGCUGUUCUGGAGUCACGAAGAAGCAAGCUUGAUAAUACACAUAAAACCAGCACUUAUAAAAAUGCUCAUAGAAGAUAUAUUAUGGAAAUCAAAUCAGUUAUUAUCUGAUGAAUUGCAAGAUGGUGCUUCUACACGAAUCAUUCCCGAGCUCACUCUUAUUGUUAUUCAAUGCAGAAAUAAGAGACAGGGCCAGAUAAAUCACGGAGGAUGCCAAGCAAGUAAGGAAAAGGAAACGAGGCAGAGAAAUAUUAUCGCCACUCAGCGGGUCAGUGAGGAAUUGAAAAAUAUAAAUUCAAGCCCAAAUUUGACUACUGUGGGAAGUAUAGGAGGGAAGCUAGAAAGAGGAAGGCUUUUGGGAGCAUGA